AUGCCAAUCGCGCAGAAGACAUCGCUAGAAUGGAUCCUCUCUGGAGGCUCCGACGUUGCAUCCGCAGAAGAGCACCGUCGCACAUUCCAGUGCAUUGCCGAUCACGAGCUACUCGAGCUGGUGCAGCAGUUUUGGGAACAGGAACGGGAGCCCAACGCAGUCACGACACUCUCCGCCGAAGAGCAGCAAUGCGAGGAAUUCUUCGUGCACACGCACACUCGCACCUCUUCAGGACGAUACGUGGUGAAGCUGCCGUUCUCCUCACCAAUCACUGCACUCCGCGAAACCCGCAAACCAGCCGAGCGGCUUCUCACAACGAUGGAGAGACGAUGCGUCCAGGAUCCUCGAUUCGGCAAUCUGUAUCGCAGCUUCAUGACAGAAUACGAAGACCUGAAACAUAUGACGCUGGUGACAUGCUCCACAACUAGCAAUCAGUCAACGUACUUACCACAUCAUGGAGUACUCAAAGAGUCCAGUGCCACGACGAAGCUGAGGGUCGUGUUCAAUGGGUCGCAGCGAACGCGAACUGGAGACUCUUUAAACGCACACCUCAUGACUGGAGCAAAUCUUCUGCCAGCUCUUCCUGACGUACUACUCCGAUGGCGUCAACACCAGUAUGUCUUCGUUGCUGAUAUAGAGAAAAUGUAUCGGCAGAUACUCGUGCAUCCGGAUGACUGCAGAUUCCAAACGAUCCUGUGGCGUCAUUCAACUGAUGAUGAAGUGCGAGAGUACCAGCUGAGAACGGUCACCUACGGUCUGGCGUGUGCUCCGUUUCUCGCCAUACGGACACUCCGUCAGCUCGCAACGGACGAAGAAGAGCAGUUUCCUCGUGGCGCCGUAGCUCUGCGUCGAGAUUGUUAUGUCGACGAUGUGGUCACCGGCUCAAAUACGCUGAACGAUGCGAUCGCACUCCAGAUGGAAAUUCGCAACCUCUGCUUGGCGGGCGGAUUUCCGUUGAAGAAGUGGGCAGCCAACGACGAGAGGAUCCUGACUGGAGUACCAAGCGAUCAUCGUUUGCAGCAAUUGCCGCCAGCCUGGGUUGGAGAGAGCCACUCCACGCUAGGACUCCGCUGGCACCCGCAACAAGACCAGUUCUCCUUCGUGUUUCAUCCGCACGCUGCCAUCAACCACACGAAGAGAACGGUUUUAUCCGAAACCGCACGGCUCUUCGAUCCAUUGUGGUGGCUCGCUCCAGUCGUGAUUCGAGCAAAAAUUCUCAUUCAAUCCACGUGGCUGCAAGGAUUGGACUGGGACACCCCGCUGCCGCCAUCCGACGCUCGAGAGUGGCAACGUCUUCUAGAAGAACUCCAUCUUCUAGAUCAGGUGCGAAUAAAACGCUGGCUCGGGACCGGAGCAGAUAAGACCUCGCUGCAGCUUCAUGGCUUCGCCGAUGCAUCCGAACGAGGAUAUGCAGCCGCAGUAUACAUCCGCAUCACUGAAAGGAACGAAACGUCAGUAAGGUUAUUGAUGGUCAAAAGCAAGGUAGCACCCGUCAAACAAGUGACCUUGCCGAGGCUGGAGUUGUGCGCCGCCACGCUACUCACCAAUUUGACGCGACAUAUCAAACAAACGCUCGACCUGGCAACAUCAGACACGUACUUAUGGUCGGAUUCAACAGUGACCCUCCAAUGGAUUCGCGGUCACUCCUCACGCUGGAAGACUUUCGUCGCCAAUCGAGUCGCUCACAUCCAGACGCAGCUGCCUAAUGCACAAUGGAGACACGUAGCUGGUCGCGACAACCCUGCGGACUGUGCAUCAAGGGGUAUUAAUCCAAGCGAACUAAUCAAUCACGCUUUAUGGUGA